GAGCGCGAGUGACUUGACGAGUGUGCCAGUGAGUGACAGGCAGGGCGCAUCUCGGGGCACCACCAGCACCUAGACAUUCCAGAGCACCAGCACCAGCACCACCGCCACCAUGUCGGACGUUUUCGCAGGUAUCAAGCACCUGCUCAAAACAGACUCCACGUCCAUCGACAACAAGUUCUUCAAGCUCCACUACAAGGCCACCAUGUUCAUCCUGGUGGCCUGCAGUAUCCUCCUGACGCAGAAACACUACUUCAGCGACCCCAUCGACUGCUUUGAUGCGGGGGGCGUGAGCAACGACAUCUUGGACCCGUACUGCUGGAUACACGACACCUACACGGUCCCCUCUCUCAAGGACAAGAUAGUGGGCAGGGAGGUCGUGGCGCCCGGCGUAGGCCCUGCUAAGGAGGAUGAGGAAGUCACCUACCACAGCUACUACCAGUGGGUCACCCUCUUCGUCUACUUCCAGGCCAUCUUGUUCUACAUCCCGCGCUACCUCUGGAAAGUGUUCGAGGGCGGUAAGAUCAAGAUGUUGGUGGCGCAGCUCAACACCCCAAUCGUGGACGAGGAGGUGAAGAAGAGUCGCGUGGAGAUGAUGGUCAAGUACUUCAGCAUCAACCUCAACACCCACAACCAGUACGCCAUCAAGUUUAUAAUCUGCGAGGCCCUCAACUUCGUCAACGUCGUUGGACAGAUCUACUUCACAGACAGGUUCCUCGGUUAUGAGUUCAGCAACUACGGGACAGACGUGUUGGCGAUGAGUGAGCGGCAGAUAGGCACGCGCCACGACCCCAUGAAUCGGGUGUUCCCCAAGGUAACGGGCUGCACCUACAACCAAUGGGGCUCCGACGGGGGUUGGGAGCACCACACCGCCCUCUGCGUCAUGCCCCUCAACGUCCUCAACGAGAAAAUCUUCAUCUUCCUCUGGUUCUGGUACAUCAUCGUGGCCGUGCUCACCGCCGUCGGCCUCAUGUACCGCAUCGCCACCUUCAUCCCCGGCGUGAGGACCAUGAUGCUGAGGGCGCGGGCACGCCUCGCCCCCGCCGUGGCCGUGGAGCAAGUGGCGGGCAAGUGUCAGUACGGGGACUGGUUCAUGCUCAUCCAGCUCGGCAAGAACAUGGACCCCCUCAUCUUCAAGGACUUCAUUCUGGACCUGGGCAAGAAGUUUAAGGGCGUGGACGAUUAAUAACUUGCCUCCGCCGCACCUUCAACCUCCCUCCCACCCACCCACCUGACGCCCUCUCCGCCUCACACCUGUCUGCCGCCGCCUCCCCUCCUCCUCCUCCUCCUCCUCCUCCUCACCAAUGCACUACAUGGCAAAAAAAGGCUCAAGGCACACUUACCUUGAAUUCUGUUGCAUCUCAUCCUCCGGUUCACUGAAGAGGAAAGAGAGACAGGAGAUGAAUUAUAUAUUGCUUCUAUCUUAUGCUCCUGUUUUCCUCCUCCUCCUCCUCCUCC